AUGGCUGAAAAAAAUUUACGAUCAAAUACAAAUGUACAAACAUUACCAUCAACGAAAACGGCCACGACUUUAAUGGCAUAUGCUCAAUUAGAGAUUGAUAAUAGUUCAACAUGUAUACCAAGAGUGUGUAAAUUCAGUAUUGUACGUCUAGUAAUCAAUCGAUUGAUUGAUAACGGUGAUUUAAAUACAAUUGUUGUUGCAGUAAAAAUUCAAAGUAAUAAACGAACAUUUCGUUGUUGUGAAAUUCCUCUUCAACAAGAUGGAAUGUUAGAUACACCUGUCAAUCUACAAUAUUUCAUAACUUAUCCUCAUUAUUUUAAACGGGAUAUAAAUCAAGUUCAGAUAUAUAUUCAACGAAGAAAAAAUCGACCUAUGAUUGGUUACAAAACGUUAGCAAAAGGCGAAGUUAAUUUGGAUCAAGUCAUUCAACAUCCACAAAGUAUGAAUCUACAUUUAUAUUUAAAUACAAAUGAAAAAUCUAAACAACUACAACUACGUUCAACGAAUCAAGACGAAUAUUCGACGAUGAAAACUGAAAAAUAUUCCGUUGGCUAUGUAUCAAUAGUUUCUUUAUCAAGUACAAUACCAAAUGUAUCUGAAACUAUGGCACAUCCAGAACUUGGAUUAAUAUCAAAUCCAUUAUCAAUAAAAAAUCAGUUUGAUAAAUCAUUCAACGAUGAUGAUGAAUAUGUUGAAGAAGAAGAAUUAAAUUCCGAACUUGAAGAUAGUGAUUUAGAAUUUAUUAGUAAAAACAAACAAAAAUUUAAUCCAAAUAUUAUAAGAAAUAAAUUGAUUCAAAUGUUUAAACGCAAAAGUGUCCCAUCAACCACUCUAAAUAAAACUCCAAGUACAAUAGCAACAAUGACAGAAACAAAUAUAUUAAAUUCAAAUCAUCCACAUGCUAAAUCUAAAUUGAACCGUCAGUCAGAUAUUGAAGAAGAAGACGAUCCACCAUCAGACAUGAGUGAUAGUACAAUACCUGUUGAUCAAUGGAGUAUUGAAUCUGUACCUAAACCAGGUUUUACACCUGUUGAACAAUUACAAGUACUCAAAAUUGCAAGCGAAACAAAACCUGAAGAUGAACCUUAUUCCGUAAAAAGAUCAACAAAUCCAUUUGAUAAUAAUGAUAGUCCACUAGAUUCUGAUACAUCGGAUUUUGGCUUAGAUAUUGAUCGAAUACGAUUACCUCAAAAAAUAAUAACCAUAGCUGAAGAAAAACUAUCACAUCGUUCAACAAAUAUUCGUGAAAAUUGUGUGAAACAAUUUGAUGAACUUUGCGCGAAUGAUCGACUUCCAGAUUCAAUUAUAUUUCUUUAUACAGGUCUUAAUCAAUCGAAUGUGACAUUAUUGAAAGAGCAACUCACUAGUGUUGCAAAUAGAGGUGUCAGGUUAACAUUAAAAAUGAAAAUAAUGCAUUGGCGUAUUAUGAUAACUGCAUCCAAAUUUAAAGAAUACAAUUUAUCAGUUAUAUCACUAAAUACAUUAACUGAAUCAAAAGUAUUACUAAAUAGUAUGAUUCAACGUUUACAAAAAAGUGCCAGCCAAUGUGUUAUACGUAUUGUUCUGCUUGGCAAUGAUGCAUUUGUUAAUUCGUUUCUUCAAUCUUAUGUUGAAUGUUUGGCUUCAAGACCACGUGAAUAUAUGGAUUACUUUCGAUUCUAUUUUGUUCCGCUAGUUUCCUCAUAUUUGGCGAAAUUUCUCGGUAGUUUGGACUCUCAAUACGAAACACUGUUUGGUGGCAAUGAUUCUUCUAAUGAAGUUUUAGACGUACGAGAUUUAUCACAAAAGAUUACACGAUAUUUAAAAGCUACUCCACGUACACUGUCAUUACCUGUUGGUGAAGUUAUGCUCAAUCGAAAAGGGAAAUUGCUCGAUGAAGAUUCAUCACCAACAUUUUUACCGUUCUUUUGUUAUGUUUGUCUUGGUACAUUAUCGUCAAAUGAAAGUCAGUUAUCAUCGAUAGAUGAUAACGCCCUUCUCUCUGCAUCAUUAUCAUUGUCUAUAACAACACCUCAAACAUCUCGUGAAUUAAAAGAUUCGUCUGAUGAUGAAAAUAGUCAAGCAAUAUUAUCAAGUUCUCCACCAUCGAAAACGACAAAUAAAUCAAUAAAAAGUUCAUAUGCUGCAGAUGAACCUUCACCAUCACCAGUGGAUGUGUCAGUUGAUUAUUGGACUAUAAUUGAUAGUCAAAAAGAAAAAAGAGAUGGAAUACGAACAAUAAAAUCUUCAUUGAAAUCGAAUAUACGUGUGUUAACAAUUACAAGACAAUUAACAAUGAAUUCAGAUGGAAACAUGUCUCCUUCGUUAACAAUGACUUAUGUUACACGUGAAAAAAAACAAAAAAUGAUGAAAUUUGGUAAAAAGCUCAAAGAUUUACAAAGUACAAAAAUGAUUGAACCUCAAGCAAUAACGGGUAUCAAUCGGCUUGUUUGUACAUCGAAAUCGCAUAAUGUCGAAUUGAAAGUGAAUGUCGAUGGACAAGAAUGGGAUAAUGUGAAAUUCUUUCAAAUCUCAUCUCAAUGGCAUACACAUAUUAAACAUUUUCCAUUAGCUUUAUUUAGUGAUGCACGCAAUACUUAA